AUACAUGUAGAUACCUACGUGUUUUAAAUGUUGGUGAAAAUUUUGUUUAUUUUCAGUUUACAGGGGAUAUAACCAAUUUUCCUAUAUUACUCACUAUAGAAGAUAUUCAAUAAUGGAUAUUCUGUAUGAUGACUUAGAAAAUUAUGAAGAAGAAAAUAUAAUACAUGAUUUAAAAAAUGAAAAUAAAGAAUUAAAAAAGAAGAUUGAGGAAUAUACUGUUGCUAUUAAUAAGCUCCAAAAAAAUAUUUUGCAGGAUUUUGACAAACUAAGUUCAGAAUAUAAGAAAUUGGAGGUGAAUUACUCUUCGUUACUUAAAACUGCAAAGGCUGAAAUUGAAAGGAAAACAAAAAUUAUUACUGAUCUCAAUAUAGAGAAAGAUAUGCUUGUUAUAAAAGGCCUGCAAACACAAGGGAGAGGAUUUUUCAACUCAAUUAGAAAUAUCCACACAGGAAGUCAUAAAAGUAACAAGAAUGCAGUUGACAACCAAAAAACGAGAAGUAAUUCUCCAGUCAACAAGGAUGCUAAAAAAGAUGAACAAGAAACAAAAGUAGACAGAAUUAAAGAUGUAAGAGAUGUAAUUAAAAUUAGUGAAACAAAAGAAAAUAUAUUGGAUGAUAAAUCUAUUAAAAGAUCAAGGAAAGUAAUGGACAGGAGGAAAUCUAUGCCAGCUGUGAACAAAAUUUUGGAGGACAGUAAACCUGUAUGGAGUUCUGAAGAUGAAAAUGAGCAAUGUAAUCCAUUAAGACACCCUAGACUGAGUCACAUUGACCAAUCAGACAGAAGAAGCAACAGAACAUCUGAAACUUCCAGUAUGGAUGAUAGAUAUUCUUACAAUAGUCAGACAUCAAAAGAUCUCAGACAUAGACGAAAAAAUGCAAGGAUUCAUGAUGAUAAACACAAAAGUAAUUUCCGAUCUGAACCAAAUCACCACAGAAGAAAUGGAAGUCCGGAAAGGAGUACACGAAACAGAGGACUCGACAAUUACUCUAUGCAGCAUAAUUACGAACGACAACGAAGCCCACCGUCUGAUCGCUACAGGCGCAAUAAAAGUCGAGAUCGUCGCUCCAAUUACGACAAAGACUCAUGUUUUUAUGAUAAUCCUGUGAACGAUAGAAGUGAAAAACAUGCAACGAAACAUAAAUUGCCUCACCAGUUCCAUUCAGAAGAACCUAGCCACAAGAAAAUUAGAGUAGAUUCUUAUGGAGAAUACCUAAGUGGAGAUCGGGAUCGCGGCGCCAUCUACAAUGAACAUAUUGAUCCAUCCACAGCACUUAUAUCUCCUGACGAUCCAUACAGGAACUGUCAAUCACCUGAUCAUUUUAUGUCCGAGACCAAUGAUUAUAACAAAGUAAAAGAAAUAAUGCACACAGCUGCAACACCAUUAGAAGAUCCUAGGAUUUCAAGCAGGAAAUAUAUUUUAAAGACUGAAAAUAGUAAAGCUGUAUUAAAGACAACAUCUAGUCAAGACAUUGAUAUUAGAAUGGUAGACAAAUCAUUAUGGAAACUACCAAAAGUAAUAGUACCUGAUGCUUUAGUAGAUAAACCAUCAUAUCAUCAUAAUAUGAGUGAAGAGAUAGUGGAUGAAUUUUAUAUGAAUAUUCAAAAUUUAGAAUUGGAUAUGUCUCUGGAAUCUGGUGAGAUAGGAAGAAUAGAAGACGAAACUGAUUAUGGAAAUGAUAUUGUUAAAGAGAGGCUUAAAACUAAACAAUCAGAUGACCAGACAUCUUAUUUGGAGAAACCAAAAGAACCUGUGAAUAAAUAUAACAUACCUAAAAUGAAAAACCAAACAUCAACUGAAGUUAGAACUAAUGAAGAAUAUGCAGAACCAAUGUUAGAAAACGAAGGAAAUAAGAAGUUAAACAAACUUAACGAGGAGUUACAAGAUACAAUUCAGACUGAAAAUCGACAAUUAGAUGACAAAAUAUGUGUAAAUGAAACUACUGCCUCAAAACCUUUUUCGGAUCAGGAAAGUAAUGACAUUGACAUGGAGAAUCAAGCUAGCUCCCUGGGUACUGUAGAAAGAGAUUUAUUGUUAAGUGAUGAUGAUAACAUGGAUUUACCAACGCAAAAAACUUCAGAUGAGCACAAAACUGACGGAAGUCAAAAUAACACGAAGCAAGAUACAGUUGGUAAUGUAUCAUGUGGCGAAUUCAAGGACAAAAAAGAAAAUAUAGAGGAAGUAAAAGAAGAUAAUAAAUCUACAAAACGAAAAGAUAGAUGUCGUGAGAAAAGCACUAAGAAAAAAUCAGUUAAACCUGUUUCAUGUGAUCAAACUAAAAACAAAGUGGGUAUAAUAAAACAGGAGAAUGAUGCGGCACCAAAAAGUAAAAAAGUAAAGAGUACUGAUAAUAACACAAAAACCAUAGACCCUGUUUCUAGUGAAGAAUCUAAGGCAAAAGGUAGUAACAUAAAGCUAGAGAAAGUAACAGACGUAUUGGAGUGUAUUAAUACUAAAAUAGAUAAACUUAGUGAAAAUAAGUCAAAGAGAAAUACAGCAGAUCCCUUACCAUGUGAGGAAACUAAAUGCACAGUUGGUAAUGUAAAGCAAGAAAAAGGUUUAGGUAAGUCUACAAAAACUAUGAAAGAUAAGUGUAGUAAUGAUAUAAAGUCGCACAAAUAUACAGCAGAGACUGUGUCAUGUGAGGAAUCCAAUGUCAGUAACUUAAAACAAGAGAAAGAAGUUGAAAAGUCCAUAAAAACUACAAAAGAUACAUGUAGUGAUGUUAUAUCACAGAAAACUACUACUAAGCCUGUCUCAUGUCAUGAAAUCAAGGACAAUACCGUAAAUCAGGAGAUAGAAGUGGACGACACAGUCAAAACUGAACAAGAAAAGAAAUCAAAGAAAAUAACAUGUGAAGUGUCAAAGGCUGGAGUAGCCUAUUUAAACCAAGGACAAGAAGUGGAUAACACAGUAAAAACUAAACAAGAAAAGUGUAAUGAAAAGAAAGUAAAGAAAAUAACAGUUGAUACUGUCCCAUGUAAAGUAUCAAAAGUUGAGGUUGUCAAUUUAAAGCAAGAGAAAGAACUAAUGAAGUCUACCAAAACUAAAAAGGAUAGUGAUGUAACUGCUAAAGAACCAAAAAGCAAAAGGAAUAAAAAGAAACUAGAGACAAAAACUGCAGAGCAAACUAAGGAUACAGUUACCAAGAAAUCCAAAAGCAAAAAUGAAAAAUAUGUUAAAACUGAAGAGAUUAAAACGAAAUUUAGUGACUUAUUUGGUGAAAGUAAUAGUUUAAUUAUGCCUGAAGAUUUAGGUAUUGCACCCGCGGCUACUGCUGCGGUAAAGCAAACCGUAUUUGAAUCUAUUUUCGAUGAUACUCAAAGUGCUGUGGACAUGAAAUUAGUACAAACAGAUGGUCAGGAAAAAGUACUAGAAAAUGUACAAAAUGUAGAAACUGGUCACAAACAAAAUAAAAUAGACAUUAAUAGCUUAAAAAUGGAUUUCAUUGACGACGUAACUUUAACUAAUGCUAAGAAAGAGGAACAACAACCAGAAGAUAAGCAGGUUCAUGAUAAAGAAGUUAAUAUGGAUAGAAAUAAUUUAUAUGCAAACCUAAACCCUGAAGUGUCAAUGGAUGGAUCAAAUGUUGUUAUAAUAUCUACAGGUGUUCAACCUCAUAUUGACAGAAUAAGUCCAAGCACUCAUGAGACAGAAGUCAAUACACAAAUGCCUACAAAAAGUUACUGCUUCCCAUCAUCAUUCAUUGACGACGUAACUUUAACUAAUGCUAAGGAAGAGGAACAACAACCAGAAGAUAAGCAGGUUCAUGAUAAAGAAGUUGAUAUGGAUACAAAUAAUUUAUAUGAAAACCUAAACCCCGAAGUAUCAAUGGAUGGAUCAAAUGUUGUUAUAAUAUCUACAGGUGUUCAACCUCAUAUUGACAGAAUAAGUCCAAGCACUCAUGAGACAGAAGUCAAUACUGAAGUGCCUACAAAAAAUUACUGCUUCCCAGUUUUAAAAGCUUUGGCAACAUCAACACCUCUAAAGGUUAGCGUUGAAGCAUCGGUGCAUAAUGAUGAUGACACUGCAAAGAAUAUGACAAGUCAGGAUUCAAAUAUAGAUUCAUCAAACAACUCAAAGACUGCUGAAGCAAAUGACCAGGAUGUGCCUGAUGUCAGAAUAUUUGUCAAACGACGAAGGAAAGUGAAGAAAUAGGCAAUAUUUAGAUUUUAUGUUAUAUUUAUUUAAAAAAUAGGAAAUACAUAAUGUAUUUAAAGUUUAUUAAGUUUUUAAAGAAUCAAUUUUAAUUUGAUAAUGAUAAAUAUUACUCAAUUUUAGAAGCAGCGGGCAGGAAUAGGACAAUGAUUUCCUUUGUGUAUUUAAUUAUUUUUAAUGAUAAUGUACUGGAAAGGUUUUGUAAAUAUUAUGAUAAAGAUCUUUAUUUGAGUAAUUGUGCUCCAGUAUUUAAUUUGAUAAAUAAGUGUUUAAAAGUAUUCUGGCUAGCACUUUGUUUCAUAGCUGUCACACGACAACCUUUGUUUUAAGCAAUGUUGCUGUCUCAUUUAUAAUAUAAGAUGUACAAAUGAUACAGAAAUAAAAAAUAUAUUUCAUUCCCA